AUGUUUGUGACUGCAGAGAAGGAACGCCGCGUGAAAGCCAAUGCCCCAGAAUACAACGGCAAGUUCUCGUAUGCUGACAACCACAUCAAAACGUCAAAGUACAACGUCUUCACCUUCCUGCCCGUCAACUUGUUCGAGCAGUUCCAGAGGGUGGCGAAUGCUUAUUUUGUAGUUCUGUUGAUACUGCAGUUAAUUCCAGAAAUCUCCUCCCUGUCCUGGUUCACGACCAUUGUGCCUUUAGUUCUGGUGCUGGUAAUCACAGCUGUGAAGGAUGCCACAGAUGAUUAUUUCCGACAUAGGAGCGACCAGCAAGUCAAUAACCGGCAGUCGCAGGUGUUCGUCAGGGGAAGUUUACAGAAUGAGAAAUGGAUGAACGUUCGAGUGGGGGACAUCAUCAAACUAGAGAACAAUCAGUUUGUCGCUGCUGACGUCCUCCUCCUGUGCAGCAGCGAGCCUCAUGGGCUGUGCUACGUUGAGACAGCAGAGCUGGAUGGCGAGACGAACCUGAAAGUCCGACAUGCUGUGAGCGUCACCUCAGAUUUGGGAGACGUUUCCAAACUGAUGGAUUUUGAUGGAGAAGUCAUUUGCGAACCACCAAACAACAAGCUGGAUAAAUUUACAGGAACGUUACACUGGAAGGACAAUAAAUACUCUCUGGAUAAUGAACAAAUGCUUCUGCGUGGUUGUGUUCUCAGAAACACGGACUGGUGCUUUGGGAUGGUCAUCUUUGCUGGAUUACAAACCAAACUGAUGCAGAAUUGUGGAAAGACUCAGUUCAAAAGGACCAGCAUCGACAAACUCAUGAACACUCUGGUUUUAUGGAUCUUUGCCUUCCUUAUUUGUAUGGGAGUUUUUUUGGCAAUUGGAAACACGUUGUGGGAGAUUUGGAUCGGCAGAAACUUUGAGGUGUUUUUGCCCCGGGAUGAGUUUCAGGGCAGCCCUGUUUUCUCUGGCUUCCUCACCUUUUGGUCCUACAUCAUCAUCCUCAAUACGGUUGUACCCAUCUCACUCUAUGUCAGCGUGGAGGUUCUUCGGCUCGGCCACAGUUUCUUCAUUAACUGGGACCAGAAGAUGUACCACGAUCAGACGGACACCCCAGCCGAAGCUCGAACCACCACCCUGAACGAGGAACUCGGACAGGUCGAGUUCAUCUUCUCUGACAAGACCGGCACCCUCACACAAAACAUCAUGGUGUUCAGCAAGUGCUCCAUUAAUGGACAGACAUACGGUGAUAUCUAUGACGAGUUUGACCAGAGGGUGGAAAUUACAGAGAAAACAGCCUGCGUGGACUUUUCCUUCAACCCACUCUGCGACAGAGGGUUUAAGUUUUACGACAGCAGCCUGGUUGAAGCCGUCAAACGGGACGAUCCUGCAGUUCAGGAGUUCUUCAGAUUGCUGGCGCUGUGCCACACCGUCAUGCCAGAGGAGAAGAGCGAAGGGAAUUUGGUGUACCAGGCCCAGUCGCCUGACGAGGGAGCUUUGGUCACUGCAGCACGAAACUUUGGGUUCAUCUUCCGAGCUCGAACCCCAGAAACUGUCACUCUGUGGGAGAUGGGACGGGCCGUCACCUACCAGCUGCUGGCCAUACUGGACUUCAACAACGUGCGCAAGAGAAUGAGUGUCAUUGUAAAAAACCCACAAGGCCACAUUAAACUGUACUGCAAAGGAGCUGACACAAUAAUCUUUGACCGCCUGGAGCGGUCCAGUCAGGACCUCAUGUACGCUACCUCCGAGCACCUCAGUGAAUUUGCAGGAGAAGGGCUUCGAACGCUAGCACUGGCCUGCAAAGACAUGGAUGAAGAAUACUACGAGGACUGGAUGAAGAAGCUUCACUGUGCGAGCACUGCGAUCGAGACCCGGGAUGAGCAGCUGACUGUUCUCUACGAGGAGAUCGAACAGGGCAUGAAGCUUCUAGGAGCCACAGCCAUCGAAGACAAACUUCAGGACGGAGUCCCCGAGACAAUCGCCUGUCUGAAUCUGGCCAACAUCAAGAUCUGGGUCCUGACAGGAGACAAACUAGAGACUGCGAUGAGCAUCGGUUACUCCUGCAACAUGCUGCGGGACGACAUGAACGAGGUGUUUGUUGUGUCUGGACACACACUGCUGGAGGUGCAGGAGCAGCUCAGGAGUUCUAAGGAGCAGAUCCUUGGUCUGAGCUGGGUGAGCCGCGCAGGAGAUGUAGAGAAGACCGACACGUUUGCAGAUGAUUCGGUGUUUGAAGAAGCCGUUAUUGCAGAGUACGCCUUGGUCAUCAAUGGACACAGUCUGGCUCAUGCUCUGGAGCCCCAGCUGGAGCACAUCUUGCUGGACCUGGCCUGUCUGUGUAAAACGGUCAUCUGCUGUCGGGUCACUCCGAUGCAGAAAGCUCAGGUGGUGGAGCUGGUGAAGAGGCACAAGAGGGCUGUCACACUGGCUGUAGGAGACGGAGCCAACGAUGUCAGCAUGAUUAAGACUGCUCACAUCGGUGUCGGCAUCAGUGGCCAGGAGGGGAUGCAAGCUGUUCUGGCAUCGGAUUACUCCUUCGCUCAGUUCCAGUACCUGCAGAGGCUGCUGCUGGUCCACGGUCGUUGGUCCUACUUCCGUAUGUGCAACUUCUUGAGCUACUUCUUCUACAAAAACUUUGCCUUCACCCUGGUUCAUUUCUGGUAUGGCUUCUUCUGUGGUUUCUCAGCACAGACUGUGUAUGACCAGUGGUUCAUAUCCCUCUUCAACAUUGUGUAUACAUCAUUACCUGUACUGGCAAUGGGACUCUUUGAUCAGGACGUCAAUGAUCAGAACAGCCUUCGCUACCCGAGCCUUUACAAACCGGGCCAGCAGAACCUUCUCUUCAACAAGCGACAGUUUUUCCUAUGCACCCUGCAGGGGAUGACCACUUCCUUCCUCAUUUUCUUUAUCCCCUAUGGAGUCUUCUCUGGCAUGGUGAAAGAAGACGGCACCAACUAUUCAGACCAGCAAACGCUCGCCGUCACCAUAGCAACCACUUUGGUUAUUGUUGUGAGCGUUCAGAUUGGACUUGACACACACUACUGGACGGCAGUCAAUCAUCUCUUUGUGGGGGGCAGUCUCGCUGUGUACUUCGUCGUAUUGUUUGCAAUGCAAAGCGAUGGCUUGUUUGCUAUUUUACAGAGUAAUUUUCCUUUUGUUGGCGCAGCUCGCAACAGUCUUUCAGAGAAGAGUGUGUGGUUGGUCAUCCUGCUCACCACUGUGGUGUGUGUUGUGCCGGGGCUAGUCAUUAGCUUUCUGAGAGUGGACCUCCUCCCAACGUUCACAGAUAAGGUUCGUCAUCUGCAGCAGUGCAGGAAGAAGCAGCGACCUCAGGAGCAGAACCUGAGGCGACUGCGCAGGAUGAGCUCCCGGCGCUCUGCCUACGCCUUCUCCCACCAAGAAGGCUACGGAGAGCUGAUUACCUCGGGCAAAAACAUGAAGACGAGCACGGUCUCGUCUGCUUGCUCCCCUGAAAGGACAGCGAACAGCUCCAUCUGGAUAGAAAACGUGUUGAAGAGAAAGAAUGAAGUAGCCUGCAUCUCCUGA